GUGUCCCUGUCUCCCCUCCCUUCUUCCUGUCCUGCGUCCAUUGGCGGAUUUCUCUUCGGCCCCGCCCAGCGACUGGCCUCUGGAGUGACGCAUGCGCAGGAGCCCACCGCUGCCGCUGCUUCAGCACCAGAGCCCGGACAGCGGCGCCGCCCACGGGCAUGGACGGUGGUAGCAGCCCCAGCUGCUGCAGCGAUCUUCUCUUUGCCAGUUUCUGAACCGCAAGCAGCGGCCUGAAGGGAAUACAUUAGCCCCAGAAGGCAGCUGCCGGAACAAGUAGGAAGAACCCCUCCGUAGAUCCUGCUGGAAGAUCUUCUCAGUAAGCCUGCAUCAGGUCCUAGACCAAAGCCAUGGCUCCCGAGGCAAGCCCAGAGAGAAGCUGCUCCCUCCACACCUGUCCCCUGGAAGACCCAACCGGGGCUCCGGUACCACCACCAACAGUUUCCACGCUGCAGGCUGUAGACCCAACCAGUCCGUUAACAGCUGGCCAUUUUGCCUUUCCUCGAGCGCCUCAAGACUAUCAAGAAGGCAGUUCGUUACUAGGAUUUGGAGACCAAGCAUCUCUAUGUGCCCAUAUCUCCAACCUCAACACUUCCAUAGACCCCUCUCAGCAUGAUGGGGUCUGGAAGCCACCUUCUAUGCAGCGCCAUGUGGUCAGUGUCAGGCAGGAACGCACUUUCCGGAUGCCGAAGAGCUAUUCUCAUAUGAUUGCUGAGUGGCCAAUGGCUGUGCUCCUGGGGUGUCUGGCCUUCAUCUUCCUCUGUACCCUAGCUGGAUUGUUGGGAAGCCCACCGCUUGACUUUUCUGAGCCUUUACUGGGUUUUGAGCCUCGAGACACAGAGAUCGACCGAAAGCUAGAAGUUUGGAAAGCCAUGCAGGCCCUCACUGGCCCCAAGAAUCUGUUUUCUCUUUCCCCAGAUCCUGAGGUGAACAGCUCAAGCCUCCUCAGCACCCUGAGCCCUGCAGCCUGGGGCAGGGCCGAGGAAAGUGUGGUCCGGACCAAGAGGAUGGUGGGGCCUGUGGAAGUCAAAGAAGAGGAGAACUUCUUUUGUGGUCCCCCUGAGAAAAAACUUGCAAAACUGGUGUUCGUGUCCACCUCUGGGGGAAGCCUGUGGAACCUGCAAGCCAUCCAUUCCAUGUGUCGCAUAGAACAGGAGCAGAUCCGCUCUCACAUCAGCUUUGGGGCUCUGUGCCAGCGAUCAGCAGCCAAUGAGUGCUGCCCCAGCUGGUCCCUGGGAAACUAUCUGGCUGUGCUGUCUAACCGCUCCUCCUGCCAAGACACCACCCAAGCUGAUACAGACCGCACACUGGCCCUGCUACGGUUCUGUGCCACCUUCUACCACCGUGGUGUCCUGGUGCCUGCUUGUGUGGGAUCUGGGCAGGACAAACCCCCAUUUUGUGCCCAAGUUCCCGCCAAGUGUACCGGAAGCAGCGCUGUCUAUCAACUCCUGCACUUCCUGCUAGACAGAGACUUUCUGAGUCCCCAGACUGCGGAUUACCAGGUGCCCUCCCUCAAGUUCGCCCUGCUCUUCCUGCCCAUUAUAAAGACCUCCUCUCUUCUAGACAUCUAUCUGGACGGCCUAGGUGACCCGAUUAAAGUUUCUGACAACUACACAUCUAUCAGUGGCAUGGACUUGGGCCUCAAGCCCAGACUAUUGAAGUACUACCUAGCAGAAGAUACCAUGUACCCCUUGCUAUCCCUGGUUAUCAUCUUCUUUGGCAUGUCCCUCUACCUGCGUUCACUCUUCAUCACGUUCAUGUCACUUCUAGGGGUGCUGGGCUCCCUAAUGGUGGCUUUCUUUCUUUACCAUGUGGCAUUCCGCAUGGCCUACUUCCCCUUUGUCAAUCUAGCGUCUCUCCUUCUGCUUAGUGGUGUCUGUGUCAAUUACACACUCAUCUUCUUCGAUUUGUGGCGCCUCAGCAGGGGCCAGGUGCCCUCCGGGGGCCUAGCACACCGUGUGGGCCGUACCAUGCACCACUUUGGCUACCUGCUCCUGGUCUCAGGCCUCACCACCAGCGCGGCCUUCUACGGCAGCUACCUGAGCCGCCUGCCCACAGUGCGUUGUUUUGCUCUUUUCAUGGGCACCGCUGUACUAGUGCACAUGGGACUCACACUGCUCUGGCUUCCCGCCACCGUGGUGCUCCAUGAGCGCUACCUGGCACACGGCUGUGUGGCCCAAGCGCAGGGCCAGAGGGGUGGCACCGACCCCCUGCGGCUGUUGCUGGCGUUGCACAGACGGAUUCGCAUUCUUCGCAAGAUUUUUUCCAUCCUCUCACGCCUGCUCUUUCAACGCCUGCUGCCCUGUGGUGUCAUUAAGUUUCGAUACAUCUGGAUCUGCUGGUUCGCGGCGUUGGCGGCAGGGGGCGCCUACAUCGGCGGCGUCAGCCCUCGCCUGCGACUGCCCAUUCUACUGCCACUUGGCGGCCAGUUCUUCCGGUCUAGCCAUCCCUUUGAGCGCUUUGAUGCAGAAUACCGCCAGCAGUUCCUGUUCGAAGAUCUACCUCCAAAUGAGGGCGGCAACUUGCCAGUGGUUCUGGUGUGGGGAAUCCUGCCAGUGGACACUAGUGAUCCCCUGGACCCUCGCACCAACAGCUCAGUGGUAAGCGAUCCUGACUUCUCGCCCAGCAGCCCCGAGGCCCAGGAGUGGCUCCAGGCUCUCUGUCAGGGAGCCCAGAACCAGAGCUUCUUUGGAGACCAGCCAGAGGGUUGGCCUACGCUGUGUUUAGUGGAAGCCCUGCAGCAGUGGAUGGAAAGCCCCAGCUGUGGCCGCCUGGGUGCCGAUCUAUGCUGUGGCCAGUCAGAAUUCCCCUGGGCCCCCCAGCUUUACCUGCACUGUCUGAAGAUGAUGGCUCUGGAGCAAAGUCCUGAUGGCACACGUGACCUGGGACUCCGCUUCGAUUCUCACGGCAACCUAGCAGCUCUAGUUCUGAAGUUUCAGACCAACUUACCAUACAGUACAGAGUAUGGCCCAGUCCACCAUUUCUACACUGAAGUCAGCCGCUGGCUGUCAACAGAGAUGAGCAAGGCACCUCCUGGGCUCAACAAGGGUUGGUUCACCAGCACCUUGGAGCUGUACAGCUUACAGCAUAGUCUAAGCACAGAGCCUGCCGUGGUGCUCGGUCUGGCUCUGGCACUAGCCUUUGCCACACUGUUGCUGGGCACUUGGAACGUUCCCCUCAGCCUGUUCUCUGUGGCAGCCGUGGCUGGCACUGUGUUGCUCACUGUGGGCUUGCUGGUUCUUCUUGAGUGGCAACUCAACACUGCCGAGGCCCUCUUUCUCUCUGCCUCUGUGGGCCUCUCUGUAGACUUAACUGUUAACUAUUGUAUCUCCUAUCACUUGUGCCCCCACCCAGACCGCCUGAGCCGUGUGGCCUUCUCCUUACGUCAGACCAGUCGGGCCACAGCAAUGGGGACUGGAGUGUUGUUUGCCUCUGGCGUGAUCAUGCUGCCUUCCACCAUACUGCUCUAUCGAAAGCUGGGCAUCAUCGUCAUGAUGGUCAAGUUUCUUGGCUGUGCCUUUGCCAGCUUCUUCUUCCAGUCCCUGUGCUGUUUCUUCGGGCCAGAGAAGAACUGUGGGCAGAUCCUAUGGCCCUGUGCCCAUCUGCCGUGGGAUGCUGGGACUGAGGAUCCCGAUGAGAAGGGGCGAACAGGGCCACCAGGGUUCUCUGAACACUAUGAGUUGCAGCCCCUGGCGCGGCGCCGGAGUCCCAGCUUCGACACCAGCACAGCCACCAGCAAGCUUUCCCAUCGGCCUUCCAUACUCUCUGAAGACCUGCAGAUACACGAUGGCAGCUGCUGCCUCCAGCACGCCCAAGUCCCUGUCUCACCAAGGGAUCUGCUCCUGGACCACCAGACAGUCUUCAGCCAGUGUCCGGCCCUGCAGACCUCUUCUCCAUAUAAGCAGGUUGGUCCCAACCCCCAAACCUGGAUCAGGCAAGAUUCCCAGGGACAGAAAACUGAGCCCUUGCAGGCCCUGCCAGAAGGCCCUGCCCACUGCCCUAAGCCCAAAGUCGUGGAAGAGCUCCCUGACGGCCUGUGCUCCUCAGCCAGCACCCUGGAGGGACUCAGCGUCUCAGAUGACACCUGUGCCUCUGAGCCCAGUGUCCGUGUGCCAGAUUCUGUGGGCACCUCCCCAGAAGUCAUGAAUGGCACUGGGCACCCCAUACUUGAGCGGGGUCAGCUGAACGGGAAACGUGACACCCUCUGGCUGGCACUGAAGGAGACCAUCUAUGACCCAAACAUGCCCAAUUCUCACCACAGCAGCUUGUCCUGGAAGGGCCGUGGAGGGCCAGGUGAUAUAAGCCCCGUGGUACUUCCCAACAGUCAGCCAGAUCUUCCAGAUGUUUGGCUCCGUAGGCCUAGCACCUACGCCUCUGGCUACAGCAGCUGAGAGAGGCCAAGGAAGGCCAGACCAGGGUCCAGAACCCUUUGGUGAAGAUAAGGCAAAUGCCACACUAGCCUAGAGCCUGAAGGUAUUUCUCCAUAUGGACAUGAUGUCUCACCCUCCAACUAUGGAUUCUAAACCCUGCCAGAUGUUCCAGCCUUGAUCUCUUUGCUACUUACCCCUAUAUCUGGAGGAUUCAGUGGGAGAGCCUUGCAAGGUAAUACCAGGCUCUCCCUGUGACCAGCUGAGGACUCAUCUGCCCCCACAGUGCCAACAAGGACCCCCUCCUCUGGAAAGGAGGUCAGAUGUGCAGUUCCAGGUAUCGGGGAGGCUGAUCAGCUGUCUCCCAGGUGGCAAGAAGUUCAGUGAAGCUAAGGUACUCCAUCUUGGGGAUCCUGUUGGAGUACCUCACUGACUAGAAGAACCCUUAAGAACCUCCACAGCCUACUGAAUCUCAUCCCUUCUCAUCAGCCCUCAGUCAGGACUCUUCACUUCUUGGGAAGCUUCUCUGGGCCAGAAGUGAGCAUGGCCUCUGUCCUGCACUGUCCUGUUCCAUUCAUACUCACUGGUGUGACUAGACAUUCUCCAAAAGCAGAAUGGAGAUGGAUGCGAGAGAGAAGCAGGAGGAGACCUUAAUGUCCGCUUUGGAGCAUCCCCAAAUUCCAAGAAGGCUCCCCUGCUAGUGAACAGUAGUCACCCCUUCCCACUGCCACACCUGCCAGUCUUCUUGGACUCUGGUAAAUUUACCCCAGAGUGGCCAGCAUUUGAUCCAGACACUGACUAAAGGAUUGAUUGUUACCCAAAGUCAUGUCACUGGGUAGCAGCAGGGUCUGCUCCUGACUCAUGCUGCCACUACAGCUCCCUGUCUCCUCCUGACUGUCUGCUUCAGGGCCCCUGGCCCCUGGCCCCUGGCCCCUGGCUGCCUUGAUCCUUGGCUUCUGGCAAUUACCUACUCUCUUUUAUUGAGCAUCUCUGGGUGAGCCCUCCCUCCUCUCUGGGCCUCCACCUCCAGAAAGAGUUGUAAUCUGAGUAGGCCCUGGAGUUCCUCAUUUCCUUUGAGCUCCCGAUGCCGACUAGCAAUGGGCCGACCAGAUCACAAGCAGCUGAAGCUUGGGCUUCAAGGGCAUGCCUUUUCCAUGGCCGAGAGGACAGACAGGCUUCACCAGAAGGGGUACUGAGGGAGAGAAGAAUGUAAACAGAAUCUAGUUAAGACAGGAACACAGAGUUGCUCUUGUGGGGUUGUCCAUGAUCUUGAAGGUUCUCUAGGUCAAUUCCCCAGUUUCUAAAGACUAGGCCUCUCUAGGGUACCAGGAAGACUCAAGACCCGUAAGGUUGAUUGAUGGCAUGCAUCCCUGAUUGGCAGCAGAGUGCUCUCCUGACUUAUUCAGCCACUAUAGCUGCCCUCUUCCUCCUAAUCCUCCUAACUGACUGACUGCUUCAGGGCCAUUGGCUUUUUCCACCAGAGCACGACUCUGUCCUGAGGCUUUAUCUCACGUGACACUAGGCAACAUUAGCAAGUUAACCUACUGAACACCUGCACUGGGAAUGGUGUUAUAAGGAAGAGAGAGAGGUGUGAAAGAGAACACCUCUCUGCUUCUGCCGGGAAGCAGGCAUUAGUGGGACAGUGUCACUACUGAGCUCAGGUACCCAGCAUGAGGUGACCAGGAAGAUCCCUGGAGAGGGAUGGUUUGAGCUGGGCUUCAGAAGAUCAAUCAUAUCAGACAGGAGGGGCACAGGUUCAACUCUAAAUGUCCCCUAAGGACCGCUCUUUCAAAGAACUCCUGUGUCUAAAACUCCUGCUCCAAUGGGUGUGAGCUUGAGGGGGGCCACCAGCUCAACUUCCUUUUCUAGUGUAGCUCUCCAGGUCCCAAGAUCGUGGCAUGAAGUCCACUAAGCUAGGCCAUUUUAUAUAUGAGUUCAGAACGGAAUUUUUCAGUGCCAAACAAUCUGAGGCAAAGCCAGAGGCAGGCCAGAGGACAUUUUUGUUUUAUUUUGUUGAGUUCUCGUGUUAUCAAGACCUACCUCCCACCCCAAGUAGCCCAGGACAAGUGGAGCAGAAACUCAAAUGAGAACAUAAGAAUGUGGAAAACAGUAUCCAUGGAGAACUAGUUCCAGCCCACCCCUCACCCUCCAGCAUACCAAAAUCUGAGGAUGCUCAAGUCCCUUGUGUAGAAUGGUGUAGUAUUUGCAUAUAAUGAUGCAUAUUCUCCUAUACACUUUAAAUGGUCUCUAGAGUAUGUAUAAUGCCUAAUAUGAUGUAAACACUAUGUCAGCCCUUACACAGUGUUGUUGUAAUAAUGACAAGAAAAAUAAUGUGUGUGUGGUG